UAAAUCUAUUAAAAAGUAUUGUACGUAACGAUGCGAUAAUCGUGUUGCAUUUCUCUACUCCGGCGUUUAUUCCAUAAAUGCGCUUUGAGUUAUUUGUUUUGUGAUUUUUUGUUAGUGGUUGUGUGUGUGUGUUUGUGUUUUGUGUGAGCAACAGGUAUACGCUCAACGAGUAUCGAUAUUAUAUCAAGUAACAUAUCGCUUAGUUGUAGUUGAGAUUCCGUUUGAUUCGGUUGAGCCGCGCGUGUUUACUCUCGACAUUUUCCAGCGGGAAAACAUAAUUUGCAGUGUAAUGCUAAAUACGCAUAGCUAUUAAAAAUACAUUUAACACUUAUUACAAAAUUAUACAGAAGUGAAUUGCUCGCAACUAGUUUUUCCCAAAACCACAAACUGCGGCGCAGGUGCAACCCGUUUUCGAGAGGUAUCAAAGCAAUAACAAGUUCAAACAUAUCCAUAAUAUCACCUUACACAAGCUGCGCGCGCGCGUGCGUUAGUGUGUGUGUGUGUAUGUGUAUCUGUGACAGUGUGUGAGUGUCGCGCAAUUUGGAAAACGCGUUUGCGGUUUUUCAUGCUCCGAAAUGGAAAGUGGCUGCCAGCUCCAGCUCCUGCGUUUGUUGUGAUCGCCGAUCAAUAAACACACACAAAUCGAAGCAAACAAAGAGGCAUUUCGCAGUUUAAAGCAACGCUUUCACAAUGCACAACAAAAAAUGCGAUGAUGAUGUUGUCAAAUGUGCUUGAUGAAUGCCCAAUGACAAAGCGAACACGAGAUAAUAAUUAGCAGCAGCAGCUAGACAAAGCAUAUCGUAAAUUAUACGAAUUAAAUGAAAAAAUAAAAAUAAACGAAUGAAUGGCAACAAAAGUUAUUCCGAGAUGAAACGCUUCUAAUGCUCGCAAUGGCAAAUAGAUAUACCAUAAUUGCGGCUUGAGUUAGAGCUGAGUAACAAACAAGUUUAUUUUCGACAAGAUCGUGCAGAAGAUGCCAAUAAUCACAGCGACUACAACGGCGACGGGAGCGAUGGCGACGGCGGCGGGAGCGGGCACAGGAGCGGGAGCGGGAGCGGGAGCGGUAAGCGGCGCAGCUGCAGCUGGCGCAGCGGCCAAAAGCGGCGCAUUGCUGGCAAAGGCAGCAACCUCGACGGCGGCAGCGCCAGCCUCGACUGAUUACCUAAUGCAUCAACACCAACAUCAGCAGCAGCAGCAGCAGCAUCAACUUUUUAACAGCCAUUAUUAUCAACAGCAGCAGCAACAGUUGGCGCCAGCGUCGGCUGUGCUAAAUGCUUCCCACCAGCACUCGCAUCCACAUCCUGUUGCCAGUUCAGCAGCGGCAACAACAACAGCUGGUGCUGCUGCGUCGAGCGUCGCCUCAACCAGUUUUGCAACAUUUAACGGAAACUCGAGUCUAAAUUCUAACCUUGCCAACGGAAGUAGCCAGGCCAAUCAUGCCAAGAAAUUCAAUUGCAACGACGCCAGCGGCGCAGAUCUAGCUGUUGUUGCUGGCAACGGCGACAGCAACAGUUAUCCAAUGGCUGCUAUGCACAAGCCAGCAGCAGCAGCAGCAGCAGCAGCUGGUCCACCUCUGGGCUUGCCGCCACCCGCCAUCAAGAAGUCCACGAUCACAGCGACGUCCGCAUCGCUGCACGCCUCGCGCGAAGAUGUCGCCUCCCUGGGCGGCACCUCCUCGCUGAACAGCCAAGUUUCUGGCCAACAUCAGUAUAUUGGCAACGGCGGCGGCGUCAACGGCAACUCCACAAGCGGACGCACUGGAGGCCAUCCCAGCAGCAUCUUGAAAGGCAGCAAAGAGAACCUUUUGCAAAAUACAUAUUAUAAUGGUGAAGGCGGCGACAGCAGCAUGGGCAGCGAAUGUGGUGCUGCAGAUAUUAAUCAGACUACUCAUGAGGAUCCCGGCGAUGGCCUAGGACCUCUGCCCCCCAAAUGGGAGACCGCCUACACGGAACGAGGCGAGCUCUACUUCAUAGACCACAAUACGGGCACCUCGCAUUGGCUGGAUCCACGUCUGUCCAAGUAUCAGAAGAAAUCGCUGGAGGAUUGCUGCGAGGACGAGCUGCCCUAUGGCUGGGAGAAGAUCGAAGACUCUAUGUACGGCAUGUACUUUAUUGAUCACGUUAAUCGUCGCACCCAGUACGAGAAUCCCGUGCUAGAAGCCAAACGACGUGCGGCCGAACAACGCCAGCAACAGCAGGAACAGAUGCAGCUCCAGCAGCAGCAACAGCCUCCGCCGCCGCCGCAGCAACGUUCAAAGACGCCGACGGCAGCGCAGGAGGCGGCAGCCAGACAAACUCCGAUGCCGAGUGCAACAAUUCCAAUCGCGAAUACUGCCAAGCUGCCAUACAAGUUCACGCGCAAUCCGGCAGAGCUGCAGGGUCAGCGCAUCAACACAACGCUGCUGAAGUCCACGCGCGGACUGGGCUUUACGAUCGUCGGCAGCGAUGGCAGCAACGGCAGCGACGUGGAGGAGUUUCUGCAAAUCAAGACAGUGGUGCCCAACGGGCCCGCCUGGGUGGAUGGCCAGCUGCAGACGGGCGAUGUGCUGGUCUAUGUGAACGAUACCUGCGUACUGGGCUACACCCACCAUGAUAUGGUGAACAUCUUUCAGUCAAUACUGCCCGGAGAGACAGCUGCGCUGGAGAUGUGCCGCGGUUACCCACUGCCCUUCGAUCCGAAUGAUCCCAAUACCGAGGUGGUGACCACCAUGGCCGUGGAUGGACUUGCCUCCGAGUCGGAGAAGCAGCGUCGUUUAAAUGUCGACCUGAACAUGGAUGGCAAUUACAAUUUUCUGGAUUUGUCCGGCGAAGGCGUCAGCAAGGCUGCUGGCAGUGGAAGUGGCUUCAUACUCAUGAAAAAGCCGGAGCUCUAUACGUUCUCCAUUAUGAAGGGAGCCAUGGGCUUUGGCUUUACCAUCGCCGACUCUGCAUGCGGACAAAUAGUGAAAAAGAUCCUCGACCGCAACUGCUGCACUCAGCUGCUUGAAGGAGACGUGCUGCUCGAGAUAAAUGGCAUCAACGUGCGCAACAAGCCCCACUUCUAUGUGGUCGAGUUGCUCAAGGAGUGCAGCCAAACCACGCCCACCGCCCUCAAGAUACAACGCACGCCGCCCGAGCAAGCGGCUAGCGGCCAGGGCAGCCAGCUGGGCGUGGGUAAUGUGGCUAAUCUGCGCAAGAACUUUGUGGGCAGCGGACUCUUUCGCAGCAAAACGCCCACCGCCGACCUGUACAGCACCCAGCCCAAGGAGGUGCUGCCCAUGCGACCCAAGACGCCGUUAGUAGAUACACGACGUGCCCGCGUUCUGACGCCAAAUAAUGAGCUGCAGCAGACGGAUGUGGAGGCGGCGGGUGAAAACAAAUCACUGCACCUGCAGGCCCAGGGCAAGUCAAACAACAGUCUGCAGGAGCUGGACGAUAUACCCUUUAUGGAUCCGUAUCCCAAGAUGGUGAGCCGACUGAGUGAGCGCCUCGCCGAGGCCACAUUACAGAGCAGCGUCGAUGUCGAUGUUGGCGAUGGGGGCAGCUACAAUCCCAUUUACGGCUUGCCACCAAGCAUGCAGCCGCUGCCCCUGCCGCUUGCGCAUCACGAGUCCUGCUACUGUUACGACUGCCAGGCCCAGCGCUACCAACGGCCCCAGCAGUCGACGCAGCUGGGCUACUACGUCCAGCAACCGACCGUUUCUGCAGCAGCCGGCCAGUACUCGCCAUUGCAAGCAGCGCACAUUCAGAAUGAGCGCAUGCAGCGGCGCGUCAACGAGCUGCUGAGCGACAGACGACGUGUAGGGUUCGCCAAUUUGGAUCCGCCACAGCAGCAGCAGCAGAUGCAGCUGCAGCAUUCGCCCAGCUGGCGCAAUGGGGCGUUGCUGGAUGUCUCGGAGGAUGCCGACCAGUGCGAGCUGACCGAAGUAACGCUGGAACGGCAGGCGAUGGGCUUCGGCUUUCGCAUUGUAGGUGGUACUGAGGAGGGUUCUCAGGUGACCGUAGGCCACAUUGUGCCUGGCGGCGCAGCGGAUAAUGAUCACCGUAUUGCCACCGGCGACGAGAUCCUAAGCAUCGAUGGCAUCAAUGUGUUAAACUCUUCGCAUCACAAAGUCGUUUCGCUGGUGGGUGAGUCAGCCGUGCGCGGACAGGUCACCAUGAUACUGCGCAGGCGACGGGCGCAGCUGCUGCAGCAAGCGCCGCUGGCGCAGCUCCGACGCUAUCCCUACGACGUGAUUGUUAGUCGCCAUGAGAACGAGGGCUUUGGCUUUGUCAUAAUCUCUUCGUCUAAUCAUUACUACGGCUCGACAAUUGGCAAACUUAUACCUGGCAGUCCGGCUGAUAGGUGUGGCGAGCUGAAAGUUGGCGACAGGAUAAUUGCAGUUAACCGCAUUGACAUUGCGGGCAUGUCGCACGGCGAUGUGGUCAAUCUUAUAAAAGAGUCAGGACUUCAUGUGCGCCUCACUAUCGGCUGUCCACUCAAAGAGGGCGGGCCCAGUCCAGGAGGCAGCAGUGCAGGCCUGGGCUCAAACACUCCGCUGCAGGCAUCGCCCAGUUUACUCAAAGCACCGCAACAGCAACAACAGCAACAACUGCAGCAACACCAGCAACUGGAAAUGCCAGGACUAGGCCCGAUGCCCGGCAGCUAUUUGGAGCGGGCCAGCACAAACAUCGCGGCUACUCUCGCUCUGCAUCAGCAGCAGCCACAGUUAUGACUCUGAGAUUUACGCAUUCGGCUCUACAAGAGCUUUCUCUAGCUAGUUUAAAUGUGCAUUUCACAGUGCAGUUCCGUAGUUUUAUGAAUAACUGCUAAGUAACCCCAAAGACUGAAUUUAGUAACAUAUGAAACAUUUCAAUUUACGAAUCUCUAACCGCUUUGUGAAGCUCUACACAAAAUUGUCAGUAAAAUCUGUUUAAUUUGUAUAACCGUUUAAGUGAUUUGCCUUGUAGUUUACAUAGAUCUAAGACAUAAUUGAAAUCUUGAGCUAUUUUCUCUAUUUAUAAACAAUUCUGAUUAUCAAAUAUGGCAUCAUUUUAACAUAUUAGCAUAAACCCAUACCUUUUAAGAUGCAUAAAGUUUGUCUAUAAAUACCAAUUAUUUAGUCUAGACAUAUAUGUACAAAUGUAUAGCAACUAAAUACUUCUAAUUUACACAAUAUGUUGUUCAAUAAAUGAUAUUACGACUAGUUUUUAAUAACAGCA